AAUCACGGCCUUGUUUGUUGCAGCUGCUCGAGGCUUUUACCUCCACCCUGACCAGUCAUUCACGCUCCUCCUCCGGCGGACCGUCCUCAUGGCAACGCACACACGGAGGAGAGCAGCUUAGCAACGCAGAGAGGCAGAGCAUCCCCGCAGGUCCAGACUGCGCGGUGCCACUGAUAUCAGAGGCAGGAAGGAACGCAGCGGCGCUUCUGGGAAACUACCUUCAAGCUUUUACAUUAUAGCAGGAUGAAGUUUAUGAUCGUGCUGGUGGGAGCGGGCUCUCUAGCCUUUCUCGGCGCUGUCAUCUGCAUUAUCGCCAGUGUUUACUCCCAAAAACGCGGCGUGACCUCCGGCGACAAUGCCACCAUGACUUCGGAGGCGCUGAUCCAGCCUCUGGAGCCCGGAUCGGUGGCUCAUGCGGGACCGCUGGGCGCGCUGCACGGACCGGGCUCCUUCGACGGAGACAACGGGCUGGGCGGGAUGGAUCUGGAGGUCCCCACGCUGAACGAGCUGAACCUCGGGAAGGAUAGCGGAGGUGGGUCGGGGAAGCAGUACAGCUUCAGCCGGUUGGUUUGCACUCCUCUACCUGUUGGAGACUGUAAGAGCAAAGAUGUGAGGCAGAGCAGGGAGCAGCAGCAGGAUGAGCCGCUCUACGGGAACGGAGAGGAGGACCUCCGGAUGACAGCGGAGAACCUCCGGCAGAUGGUUUUACAGCAGAACGAUCAGAUCCUCAUGGACCAGAGAACCAUCCGAGAACUGACGGGGAAGCUGAGCGAGUGUGAAAGUGGCCUGGAGGACGAGAGAACCACGCCGGCGCGGAGUGUCGGGGUGUGGAGCGGUGGCCGCCGCAUCAUGGCCGGAGACGAUGUGAGCUCCUCCGCAGCGGCGCAGCUGCAGACGGCCCGGGCAGUGGAGGAGCUGGCCAGGGCCAUCAUGGACCUGAAGGACCGGAUAGAAAAACUAGAGGCUGAGAUCGGCCCCGGAGCCUUAAACCUCACAGAUACAUCUGUUGGUGUAAGCAGCACCAGUAGCAGCAGCAGCAGCAGCAGCCAGACUGGGAAUACUGGCAAGACUCCAUCACCGUCCACUAGUGGCGCUCCCUCAACAACAGCAGGGGCUGCCUCAGGGGGGCGUCGUCCUGCUUCCCUACCCUCCCCUGGCUCCAGGCCUCCUUCUUCCAAGGGUUCCCCUGGCCGGGGAAAGAGCACCUGGAGGGUGGAGGACCUGGAAGGGGAACUGGAGAGAAAGAUAAAGAUGCUGGAGAAGGAGCGACAAGCCAUGAGGAAGGAGACGCACGGCCAACAUGAGAAGAUCAACAAGGGCAUUGACAGUGUCAACCACCGCAUCACAGAGCUGGAGCACACACUGACAGAGCCUCCGUUCCCUGACGGCUUUGUCCUCUCCUUUCCCAUGAGGACCAACUACAUGUACGGCCUGGUGAGAAAAGAGAUAACUGAGAUGUACGCCUUCACUGCCUGCAUGUGGCUCAAAGCCAAAGAGGGAGGCAUCGGAACCCCCUUCUCCUACUCUGUGCUGGGACAGCCUAAUGAGCUGGUGCUGCUGCAGGGAGUCCACAAUCCUGCAGAGCUGCUCAUAAAUGACAAGGUGGCGCAGCUUCCUCUGUCUCUACCCCAGGAUGAGUGGCAGCACAUCUGCGUCAGCUGGACUCUGAGGGAUGGAGUGUGGAAGGCCUACCAGGGGGGGAAGAUGAAGGGAAGAGGAGAGGGACUAGCUGCAUGGCAUCCUAUCAAACCUGGAGGAGUCCUUAUACUGGGACAGGAACAGGACACCCUCGGUGGACGUUUUGAUGCCUCCCAGGCACUGGUUGGGGAGCUAUCCCAGUUCAACUUGUGGGACCGGGUUCUGAAACCCGCUGAAGUGGCCGCCCUCGCCGACUGCAGCUCCUCAGCGCUCGGCAACAUCGCCCCCUGGACCGAUCAGGAUGUAGACGUCUACGGCGGUGCCACCAAGGAGUCUCUGGAUCCCUGCCAUGCGGCCCAGAGAUCCGGUCCCUCCGACCCCAAACAGUGAAAAAAAAUCACAAGGAGGAACCGGCCAAUCGGGGCUUUGUUAGAUGGUCUAUUUAGGAGUCGAUUCAGAUGUUUAAAGGUGGAUCAAACUGGAGUUAAGACUAUAUUUGUUUUAAGGCAGACAGGGAACUUGCAGAUCAGCUUGCAGAGUGUGCUACAAAGCUGUAAAGAGUGGUGUAUCUGUUUUGUUGUUUGUGUUGGUGUACACGCACAUGUGUUUACUUCUGCAGUGAGAUACAGCGACUUCAGUCACAGAAUCACUUAAGGCAGCAUAGUGGAUCAGCUUCCGGCCUUUACAGCGUCAGUGAGGAUGCUUCUUAUAGAGAAAUAAUAUCUCCACUCAUUUAACCUUACAAGAUUCCAUAGGCAGAGGAUUUCAAGGCUUUGUAUUUGGUUUUGUAAAGAAGCUGCAGUCAUGAGAUAUCUAAGGUUUUUUAUAAGUUUACAUCACAGUGACACAGCGUUCUGUCUACUCAUCAUGUGUAAAGUUGGUCCUUCAAAACGCUUCAAAUGAAACCUAAGAUGCUCUUGUGCUAUUAUUGACUUUUCACUCUGUUUUUUUUUUUUUACUCUGUAUGUUUUUGUUGAGUAACUGUGAUUUUAAGUUUUCUAUAAAGCACAACUUGAUGUGCCAGUGUAGUGUCCUAUGGGUCAUGUUGCUCUGUUCUAGUCUGCUCUGCUGUUAGCCUGUCCUAUACUUCACUUUCCCACAAUUGAGGUGGGAAAUUAAAAUUUGCUGCUGCUUAGUGCAGAUGUGUCUUUUGACUUCUAAAAUAAACACACUGUUUCCCAAGCUGCUUAGCAGACACAAGCAUUAUGAUGUGUUUGAUAAAACGACAAUAGUGUUGAAUGUAAACCAGAUUAAAUAAGUAUGUCUGCAUGAGUGUUUGCUGUUUGUAAAAAAAAAAACAAAAAAACAUCUAUAAUGAAAAUGUUCACAGAUUUCACAUAUCUGAAAAUUACAAACUUGUAAUGGCGGAUUGAUUCUCCUGUCAAAAAGAAAUCUGAUGUCACGGUGCAACAGAAUCUGUAGUCAUCUAACAAAUGAAACCUCAUGCUUUUAUCUAACAGAAAGAGACAAGCAAAUAAACAGAAGAGAUGCUUUUUGAG